GACUACGAUACUACUAGUCUAACAAAGUACUAAAAGUAGAGAGUUGUACUACAGAUAACAUCUACCGAUUCACCAUCUAUAAUUCUCACAAUAUCAAAUUAAUAGGCUUCAAUAUGGUUCAUCAACUAGAGGUGGAGUUGGCUGAAUUGAAAAAAGAAAUGUCAGAAAUGAAAAGUUUCAUCAAUUUAAAACUGGAAGAUGAGUUUAUAAAUAUUAAAAGUCAGCUGUCGGAGAUCAUGAAUAAACUUUCUAAACAGGGAGAAGACAUUAUAAACAUCAAAACACUUGUAGCAACAAGGGAAUGCACUUCUUCAGAAAGGACUCCCAAGGAAGGUUUGAAAACUAAGCAAAUCAUUUCAUCAGUUCAAGAAAAUUCACACAACAAUAAUAAUCAGUGCAAUUGCCAAAUUGAAAUAAAAUCUCAAACUUCUUUACCUGAAGUGGAAAAGGAAAUAAGACAACUUUCCUUCAAACUGUGUGAACAGGAGAAAUGUAUUAAUAAGAUGAAACUUGCAUGUAACACAGACUUUAUUCUAGAAAAAAUAUCUAAAAUGCACAAUCAGUAUUCUGUCAUGAAUAAGAAAACACACAUUCAGUUUAAGAAAUUAGAGAAACUGUUUAACCUAAAUCUAAAAAAUGAAAGAAAACCGUUUUAUGAAGCCCUGAAAUCAAUAAAGGAAAAAAUAGAUGAAAACAAAUGUGAAAUUGAUCAAUGUUUGAUUAAAAUCGACAAUCUUGAGGAUAAAGAAGCAUUGAAUCUGGAUCUUCGCUUAAAAGUACUUUCUGAUGGAAUUCAGACAGAAGCUGAAAAGACAGAAGCUCCAAAGAAAAAAAGAUUAAAACUUGAAUAUUUGAAUGCAAGUGUUGAUGAUUUUCAAGAAUUGUAUUUAGAUUCAGAGUCCCUCAAAAGCUUCCAUGAAACAAAUGAGACUAAUGUUGCUGCAAGUGACCCAUGUACCAGCACGACAAUGCAGUCUACAUGUGGAAAUAUGGUUGGCAAAAUUUCUUUACCAGGAGCCCUGGAAGAUAAAUCUUUUGAGGAGCUGAGAUGGGAAUAUUGUCUGCGACUUCGCAGAAAAUUUCCUCUUGUAAAAUCAGCUACUGUACCAUAUCAGGCUACACCAGGAGAAGACAUAAUGAUUAGGCAUGGUGUCACCACUCUCUACCAAACUUCCUUACAUUGUAUAACAAUAAUGAAAGAAUACAAGCACUGUUCUGUUGAGGAACUAAGAUGGAAUGAUUAUAAGGAACUGGAAUGCCAAGUUUAAGAAAUCUUUUAAGAUGGAUGUGUAAUCUAAAUGUUGUUUUACUAGAGCAAUGAGGCCAUCAACAGGACCAACCAUAGAAGACUCACAUGUGGAAA